AUGGUCUCAAUCAACGUUGUUUUACAAACUGCUUUAUUUGCUUUAACUGUUCAAAGUGCUGCUAUUCCACCAUCAUUGAACUCUUCAUCAUUACCAACUCCAGGUACUCCAGGAACUCCAUUAACUUUCCCAAAGAGAAACUUUAACGAAACCUUGUCAAAGAGAGGCUUCAAUGAAACAUUGUCAAAGAGAAGCUUCAAUGAAACAUCAGUUGAAAAAAGAUUAUUCAAUGAAACAAAUGGUGUCAAGAGAGAUUUAGGUGCUUCAUUAUCAGAUCUACCAAAACCAUCUCAACUUGCUGUUUCUGAUUUCCCAAGUGUUUCAAUCCCAUCAAUUAUCCCAUCAUCUAUUCCAUCUUCAUUCCCAGUUAAAAGAGGGUUUAAUGAUACUGAAGGUACCGGUAUCUACAAAAGAGGUGAAGAACUUGAAUCAUUAUCAGAGCCACCAGCUUUGAACGGUACAACUAACGGUACUAAUUCUACUGGUCCAAUUUCAUAUGGUGCUCCAUCUUCAGCUCCACUCCCAUCUAACUAUUAG